AUGACAGGCCACCAAGGAGCCGACUUUGAUGUAGAGCGCCCCAGUUCAUUGUUUCUGUCAAGAAGGACAAGUAAUCCAGUCCGGUCGCCGUUACCCACCAGAGUCAGAAGCGCCUGUGACAGAUGCCGGCAACAUAAAGCCCGGUGUGACCCAUUCAGACCCUGCUCGCCAUGUAUCCGAGCCAAUGUACCGUGUCGACCACUUCCAACAAGCCAAACAGUGCAGACGACUGCGCGAAAUCGCGUGAAAUCAAAACGGGCCUUCAGGAGUCGGCAACAUCAGGGAAACAUUCCAUCGGAGACACUCGAUGAACAGUUACAGAAUGCAGCUCGUGGCCCUGCCAGCAAUGUACCCAGUCCAGCCCGGGCUCGGACACCAGAGACGCUUCCAAUGGAUGAUGGUUCUGAAGGUGUGACGGCAACGCAUGGCAUACAGCCAUCUCUCGACUGCGGUGAAGCUGAGUCUGCAAUGGGAAUCGCUCGCAGGCUCUGUGAAUUGGGCAGCCACCACAUCGAUGAGCACAUUACAUUCGCCAUUCCCGGCUGCCAGACCACUGGCCCUAGUGGGACUCUCCCGAACCCGGAAACAACAGGUCAGCGAGUACCCAUAUCUCUAAUUUUGGGCCAAGAUUUUCCAUCCAUGAGCCUCAUCUGCAGUCUACUGGAGGAAUACUUUCACUCUGUACAUUGGUUCUCCCUCGCCAUAUAUGAGCCGAAAUUCCGCAAGAGGCUCCAUUCCAUUGCGGAUGGGUGUGCAUAUCCCUCGCAAAGAUCUUUUCUCUUGCUACUCUCUGUCAUGCUAGGAAUGGCAUCCUGGUAUCGAUCUCGAACGAGUGAUACGAAUUUUGCCGAUAACGAAGAAAAUUGGGGGAAAUGGAGCGCAGACUUGCUGAAAUUGGUCGAGUCUAAUUUAGUGGAAUUGAUGGAUCAGCCUUCAGUGAUGGCGACCCAGACUUGUAUUCUUCUCGGGUCGCAUCACGUCUAUCACGGUCGCCCGAAUCUCUCCUUCUCAUUACUAGGGGCAACAAUCAAAAUGGCACAGUCUAUAGGACUGCAACGACAAUAUCUGCGAGGAGAACCCGAAGACAUUGAGGAGAGGAAAAGAGUCUGGUGGACCAUCUACACGUGGGACCGAUUUGCUUCCAUCACUUAUGGCCGUCCAUUAGGUAUCAACGACAAGGAUUGCAAUCUCCAGAUGCCGUCGGAUAUUUUGGAAAACCCAAGGUUUAUUGGUUCUGGCUCCCGUCAGGAUGGGGCAAUAUGCUAUUCCACCUAUCAGCGGGAGUUGAACCGACUGUACUUGAUUGCCUCGCCCGCCCUCGAGGCUAUUUUCGGCUCUCGAACUUUCAGAACCUCGGAACAAUUGGCUGGCGACUCAUAUUUUGCAUUGGUCAAACAGGCCACGAAGAAACUGCAGGAAUGGCGACAUUGUCUACCCACUCACUUGAGUUUAGAUCUCAAGAAAGAUUUUCUGCCCGACAACCAGGCAAGCUCAAGGGCGUACGCGUUGCAAUCUUUAUCGUUGCAGCUGACGUACGACAACGUCCUUAUCGUCCUACAUCGACCUUUGCUAGCGCGGCAAGUGAAUCAAUUGUCCACCAUGAACAAGCGCUCUCCGGCGGGAAUCGCAGCAGAUUCCCCAACGUAUCCUUCAGUCACCUCUGCCCAUUCUGCGGGCCAGUCUGGCUCAUAUUUCGAUUCCGUGUUUUCCGGGACGCGGGUCACCAGUUCUGAACUUUGGAUGGAUGCUGCGGUGAGGACAUCAAAGAUAACAGAAUUGCCUGUACUUGUUCGGCUUGCCACUGAAAGUCAUCUGGUCGCCUUUCUGGCCAUCAAUCUGUUCCAUGCGGCAAUUGUCCUUGCUGUGCUCGCGCUUUCAGAACCGCUCUCUGAUAUAGCACAAGAAGUCAAACGCACAAUUACACGCAUCUUUCGCGUUCAAGACUUGAUAGGGAAGCGGUCCGCGCUCUCGAAACAGAGUACGUUCGUCCUGAAAAACGUCGUCGCCCUGCUUCUCCGGCGGGAGUCGGAAGCCAUGCUUGCGCCUGUCACUGGAACGAGUGAAGCAAUCAGCCAUCAUACUCAUGGCACGGGACCUGAUUCAUUCCAGAUCUCCGUAGAGGACGCCCUCCAGUUACCGGUUGAUGCGACGUUGGAAUCGCGUCAUUCUCUUGCUAUGAACGAAAUUUUCUCAGACGUUAACCGGCUACACCGGCUAAAUGAGAGCCUAGCCUCCGUUCAAAGUGCCUUGGGCCCCGGCGACGAUCGGUUCUCGGGCCUCCCUCCAGGCGGAGACUUCCCUCGAAGUCACGAGUCUGUACAACAAAAUGAACACUCAAAUGGCAUGUGGCGGCCAUCUGCACAGGACUGGGGUGUGACAGGGAACGUCCAAAACACUGGAAUCGACAACCUUUAUCACGAAAAUAUGGAUGGCGGAUUAUAUUGGUUAUGGGACAUGACUUGGAAUGAAGUUGAAAGAUAG